GGAUGUCUCGUGUGCGCACAAGCCAUCACUGAGUGCCGGACUGCGCCGCAUCCCGACGGCAACGUGUGCAUGAGUGUGCGCGUGCAUGCCCGUGUGCAUGCGUGAGAGAGGAGAGUUGCGGGGGAGACGCGAGCGUGUGUGUGUGCGCGGGUGCGAUCGGGGCAAAUCUCUCUGUGGAAUCUCUCACGCUGGAUGUUUAACCAUCACAGGAGGCUCGACUGACGGCACGUCUGCUCUCACGGACGAACUCCAGACAUGGCAGACCCUCUCACCGGGCUGACAUCUGUUCUCAAACCCUGACACAACCCUGCACCGCCGAGAGAGACGACAUGCGCUGGUCAUCUCUCCCUCCUCUUUAUCACGAUCCUCAUCACUGAUCUCUGUCUGGAGGAACAAUGGUGAGCAAGGAAGCCGGCAAAUGCGUGCUCACCAAUUCCGAGUCCGACUCGGAGGCAGCGACGGCUUCUAUGGCCCUGGAGGUCAAAGGGCCGUCGGACGACAGUCGGCACGUACGCAAGCGCAACAAAGCCCUUCAGGUACGCUUUAAGGACAUCUGCGAUGCCCAAAACGAACAGGCGGCUGCAGCUCGUGGAGGGAAGGCCGUUUCUUAUAAGGUGGCUUAUCGCAAGUACAUGACUGUCCCGGCUCGGCGGUCUAUUCCCAACGUCACCAAAAGUACUGGAGUGCAAACAUCGCCGGAUCUUAAAAAGCGUUACCAGACUUUUCCAUUCGAGAGAAAGAAAGGCCACACGGUCAAGCACGCCGCUGCUGUGGAAAGCAGUAAAGAUCAUGAUGACGGGUUUGUUAUUGACGUAAAGCGUGCAAAAGCUACAGAAGGGGGGGGACAUAACGUGAGAAAAACCCGAGCAUUAUUGCACACCAGCAAGUGCAUCGCAACCAUCGAACAACAUCCACCAACCAGGGACUGUACAGAGAGAGCAAACGCACUGUGUUCGGACGCUUUGGUUUUACCUUGUCCGACAGACGGGACCGCAGCGGGAACGGACAACUCGGACUAUCAGAUCUGUAGCGUUAGAAGUAAACACAGCAAGGGCUUCCAGACGGACUCGGAAAUGGAUCGCUCAGGCAAGCUGCAGUUGUUGAACUCCACGGACAGCAGUGGGAAUAUCCUCCAGGACUCGUCGUCUAAAGUAUCAGGACCCAUCACCUGGAACUCUCUUACGCAAGUGGAAUGCUUGGAGAGUCCGACCGAGCGCAACAAACGCAAAAAGGCACUGCAUAUCAACGGCCUGCAGGCGCAGACGUUGCCACGGGCCAGCUGCACGACGCAGGUUCAGUGCCACGUGGGCACACUGUCCGCUCGCCCGCUGCGUGCCAUGGAAGAUGCGGCUGUUGCCUCGGUCACCACGCCACCCGUUCCCAUGCCGGCGCCUCCUUGCAGAGCCGGCGCAGCUUCAGGAAAUCUACAAACGGAUAAUGAGACGUGCAAGCAGAUUGUACCCGUCCUUCAGGAUGGGGAUGUUAAAGCACAGCUCCAGGCCAUGGAGAACAUGAUCAGCUCCAGCCAGGAAACCAUUAAAGUACUGCUGGGUGUCAUUCAAGAGCUGGAAAAGGGAGAAGCUCACAGAGAGGGACUCUCCUAUCGGACCGGACAGGACACGGUCAACUGCGACACGUGUCGGAACAGCGCAUGCAUUAUUUACAGUGUGGAGCUGGACUUUAAACUGCAAGAAGAUAAAUUACAACCGCUGAUGAAGAGACUGUGUCCCGUUGAGGAAUCUCUGUUCCCACCUCUCUCUUACCCUCAGGAGAUCAUCAGCUCCACACCCAAACGCAAGUCCAAAGCCGAGUCAAAGAAACAUGCGCGCUGGAAACUCUGGUUUCUGUCAUGAACACCUCACAAACCUCUGCAGGAUUACACAGCGUUCUGCUCGACUUUAUUACUUCAUAAGAUGGAGUUUAAUGACUGGAUGCAGCGUUUCAGAAGCAUCCAUUCCUCUUGCUUUGUUACACCUGUUUUGAUCAGGAUACUUCAUAUUUGCUUUGAUUGCCAUCAGUACUUUUAUUAUGGUUAUCUUCUGAGGUAGCACUUGGAUUGAGAACACAACAGCUAGCAUAAAGAACGUGUAUACUUGGGGAAAAAUUAAAUUUGCUUAAGAAAAAAAGGACUGUAAUGAAUCCUCUCAUGCAGAACAGUGUGAAAUUAUUUGAAGCUGAGACGGCCUGGAUCUAUAACAAAUCCUUCUUUACAAAAUUUAAUUUCUUCUCCUGAUUUUUAUAGACGCUCCUGCCGAGAAUUUGGAAAAUCAGGUGGAUGUUUUAAACAUAAAAGGCAAUUUUAAUGGAAGGAUGCAAGCUUCUAUUCAGUCUCUUCUCAUGGAAAUUACAACAUUAAAGCAAAGCACAAGUCUUCUGACGCACUGGUGAUAUCUCACCGAGGACUUCUUUAUGGAUUUUAAGGAAUAACAUGAGAGGGACAACUUUCCAGAGGACAUAAUGACUUCCUGACCAACGGUGAAAUUCAUAGCAAUGCCUCAUUCAGGAUUUAUACGGAAAUAAUCGCUACAAGCCUCUGUGAAUUUACAAACUUUCAUAUACUAUUAUUACUUGGAAAAAAAUAUGAAAAACAGUAUGACUUAUUUUUCUAGAUUCAUAUUAAUCAAGCAUUUAAAGAUUUUCUAGAUACACUAUAUAAACUUGUAACUCGCUUAAUUAAAGGUUUAUUGGAUUAUUGAAAUUAUAAGAUACACUUUAACCCUUAAAGUUUAUUUCAAACUAUGUUUUAAAAAAAUACGACUAUGUAUGAUUUUGGGGGUAAUCAUGGAAACUAUGACAGGAAAUCUUAACCAAUCACCAUAAAGUGUGCGAUGAUUCAGCGCUCACUUCCAUUCAUACAUGCACGGUUGAGGAUGUUACAUACAUGACCUCCGACCUGCAGAUCUGUAACCAUGUCAAAUUAACAUCUUUGCACAACACAAAAAAAAUACAAACAGGGCUACGUGGUUUGUAAAUAAGGGAAGUGAUAAGUAAAUAAUUACUUUGUUUUUUGAAUUUAUUAGGCUAUUAUUCAUAAAUUCCUGUUUAUUAAACCAGAAUCCCUAGAAUGUGACAUCACAGGAAGUCGCCAGAGAAAGAGAGAGAGAGAGAAAGAGAUAGAGAGAGAGACAUUUAGUUGAUGACAAACAAACUUGGGGGUGACAAUAUGGAUGAAUCUCACAUAACACACCUGAAAUAAUGUGUUUAUGUUAUAUUUUAAAACCAUUAUGGCUGUAUGUUAAUAUUUUUUUGUGAUUUAGUAAUAAAUUGCCAAUACACACAACAUUUAAUAUUAAUAAUAAUAAAAUAAGUCUAAUUUGCUUUAAAAAAAUUUAUAAUUUAAUAUUCUUUCCUCUGCUUGUAUGUGAGCGACACAAGCUGUCCUGAGAUUCAUGCAUAUUCACCAGAAAGAAAUCAAUCAAACAACAGAAAAAUAAACUGAUAGACAGAUGAAAGUAUCACGCACAACCUUAAUCUUCUUUACGAAACAAUCCUUACACAUCUCUUAAUCCUUCAGCUAACACAAAUCACAGUUUACAACAUUAAAGCCACAUACACACUGCAAUGUGACAAUCACGUCGUCAAUAUGGGAUUGAAUUAAGGUAUUGGGUGCGGGUAAAGAGUCCUGUUACAGUGCCAAACCUGUGAUUCACAGCGAUGACCACAGCAAACACACACGGCCACUCAUUAAACACCGGAGAAAUAUUAUCAAAUGGUCACUGUUAGUAUUGGCCAUCGACAUAAGCUGUGUGUUUUUUGAGACUUUAUAUAAACUGCUGCUGCUGGUAAACAGCGCGCUCUCUCAGGACUGCAAUGUAUGUGUUAACCCAAAACCUCAAGACUGGAUGGGGAAACUACAGUGUGGAGGAACAGCACCGUUUUUGUGACUUAAUGUUGCAUUAAAUUUUUUGUUAAACAAAAAUCAGUUGAGCAAGUAGGGGUGAGCGGGGCACAACCUAACACGGGGUUAUUUGUAACGCAGCUACUUUACAUAUUUAUACAGGGCAUAGCAAUCUGUGCUUUGGUCUUUUUCUCUUACUGUCAGAUGAUAUCAUGUGAAUUUGUGAAAAGUUUGAUGUGUUUUGGUUAAGAUAUUGAACAAAGAGUGUUUUGGAGGCAUAAAAGUAAAUUUCUUUAUCUCAGUUUUUUUAUUUAUUUCUGAGUUGGGUGUGUAAGUCACCAAAUCCAACCUUAUAUUAUUUUAAUCACUGUCUUAAAAACAUAACAGCAUUUUAAAACAGGUCAGCAACUUUUAGUAACAGAUAGCUGGGAUUGAAAACAUUUUACACAGCGGGGUUAGUUGUCACACAGUGUUACAAUGAAGCCUCAGGUAUACAAUGAUUAUGAAAUUUUUUUAUACAAUAUCAAGGGAAAUAACUCACAAUUAUGAUUUAUUUUGUCUUCCCUUUAAAAAAAUCAAUUUAUAUCCAUUGAUGCAUUAACACAAGGAUGAUUAGAUGAAGGAUCAUGGAUGGAUGAAUGUGUGGAUAUCUAUUAGGUUACAAUGAACCCCACCCUAUGGGGUAACGUUUGCACUCCUGUCACUUUCAGUGUAAUUGUACGAUACCGGUAGAUCCCACAAACAAACUUAAGUGUUCAUUUGUAGCAGAAAUGUGUGUUGAUUGUGUAAAAAAUUAUUUAUCUAACUUUAUUUUUUUAAAUAAUAGAGCCAAAGUCAAAAAGCAUUAGGUUGUGCCCCGCUCUCCCCUACAUAAAGAAUCAGUAUUGAAAUUUGUACUGUACCUCAAUUUUCAACGUUAAGCUUAUAAUAAUAAUUUAUCAUUUAAGAUGUCAGGAAUAAAAAAAAAACUUUUUAAGUAGGGCAUUUAAAGAGUGAUCAUGAAUAAUCGCAUACAAAAUAAAGGUUUGUGUAUGCAUUAUAUAUGUGUGUGUAUACUGUGUGUAAAUACUAUGUAUAUAUAAAUACGCACAUACAUUUUUAAUUUAAGAAAAAUGUAAUUUAUAUAUUUUUUAUUUAUAUAAUAUAACAUAUAUAAAAAUAUAAAUAAAUCUAAAUAUAGACACACGUAAAUGCUUCUUACAUGCAUACAUGCAUGUGUGUGUAUUUAUAUAUACAAAAUAAUUACACACAGUGCACAGAAAUAUAUUAUGCAAAAACAAAUGUCUAUUUUGUAUUAAUCGCAUGAAUCUUUUGGCAGCCCCAGUUUAGAGUAACUUUAAAUUUUAAGGUUUCAAAAAAAAAAUCAUGGCCAUAGAGAGGUCAAAGUUACAGAUUUUUACAAAAGGAAAUCUUAUUGCAGAAUUCAGAUUUGGUUAAAUAACCAAUUGUGUACAGAUUGGUAUUAAGGAUUUAGAAAAAAAAAAUAGCUGCAGUGUGUAUGUGGCUAUUGCAAACUAAUCUCCUUUUCUUUAAUAAAAAAUAAAAAUAAAACAUUUCAUGUUGUAAAAUAUAUUUACAGAAUCACAAUAGGGCUAAAUCCUCUCAAAGUGAUUUUAGUCAACAGAACAGCUUCAUAAUCACAUCAGAAGAGGGAAUUCUGGGAAUGUCACAACAACAUGUGCCAAAGUCUGGAAAAGGUCAAAACAAUUCAACAAUGAAAACACAUGACUGACAAAAAAAAAACAUUUCUGUGAACAGUCGCACCAAAACUUUGAUUUUUGAAUAGUCCUAAUAUAGCCGAAAGAGACAACUAGAUGUUCUUCUGUUUCUUAAAAAAGUGCCAUUGAUUUAUUAUGUGCAAUAUUGUGUAUUUUCUAAAGUUUUUAAAACUAUUUACUAUACAAAAUAAAAGAUGAAAAAAUAAAGGAGUGGUUUCCUCACAUGAACACCGAGAAAGAGAAAUAAGUUCAUUGAAAGACCCGUUGCGUUGCCUGUCUCUGUCUGUCUCUUCCUCAUUUGCGGUUCUGUAAGUCUUUUCUCCAUUAACACUGAAACAUAUUUACAUCUAAUAUAGA